GAAAAGCUCCUGGGCUAGCCUGUUUGUCUGGAGUAUGGAUUUUGGCAGCUGCUUUAAGAGUUUGGCCCCUGGUGAGGGCGCUGGUCUCUCUUGGGUGUGGGAAGGGAGAGGUAAAGAGGAUCUCAUUCAGCUCACAGACAAAAAGAAACCAGGAAGUAAGGACAAAUUAUUACAGUGUGUUCAUAGCUCAGAAUGUUAAAGGCAAUACCUCGACUGGUUGGUUAUUCAUUAGCAAAAGGGAAAGAGCAGUGGGGGUCAGGACUGAUGAAACCAGAGAGGAACUUGAAGCACGGAGAGCUCCUGGCAAAGGCAAGAUGAGGAGAUCGUAACUCGAGUUAACCUCUUUCUCAUCUUAACUUUUUCUUGGGACAAAAAGCAAGGUGACUUUUCUGUUAUCAGACUUUUGUCUAAAUAAAGCCCUUUUAAUUUUAUUUUUGUUGUGGGAUUCCCUAAGCAGACACGAAGAAAAGGCAUCUUUCUACUGAGGAGCUGCCCAGCUCCCAAUCAGUUUUGCUCUGGGGCGGCAGCUCUAGCCACAGAAAGCAGGCUGGUGAGUCUCUCCCGGCAGGGCUGGCCACAGCCAGGUCUGCCGGUGAAACAGGGCUUUGCACAGUCUCCAAAGCCCGGUGAAUUGGAGCUGAUUUCAGUGUUGUCUGGUGGAGGAAGAUAAAGUGGAUCUGCAGAGACUAAGGGGAGAGGGACAAGCCCCUCACCUCUCCUCCCCACCAGGGCACGAUGGGCAACGCCUGCCUGCGGCUCUGGGCGUACCUGGAGCCCUGUCUCCCCUGUUCGUCCCAGGAGGCAGACAAGCCGGUGGUGAUUGAGAACCCAGGGGCCUGCUGCUCCUUUGAUGUUCCCCCGCUACAAAAUCUGGCACCCAAGAGAAGCCAUGGCCACUGCUUUGUGGCUCUGUUUGAUUACCAGGCUCGGACUGCAGAGGACCUGAGCUUUCAUGCGGGAGACAAGCUCCAAGUCCUGGACGCCUCCCAUGAGGGCUGGUGGCUCGCCAGGCACUUGGAGGGAAGAGAAGGCUCCGGCCAGCGGCUGCAGGGCUAUAUUCCUUCUAACUAUGUGGCUGAGGACAGGAGCCUACAGGCAGAGCCGUGGUUCUUUGGAGCAAUCAAGAGAGGAGAUGCAGAAAAACAACUAUUAUAUCCAGAAAAUCAGACGGGUGCCUUCCUAAUCAGAGAAAGUGAAAGCCAGAAAGGAGAUUUUGCCCUUUCAGUUUUACAUGAAGGGAUUGUGAAACACUAUAGAAUCAGAAGACUGGAUGAAGGGGGCUUUUUCCUUACCCAGAGAAGAACGUUUUCAACAUUGAAUGAAUUUGUGAACCACUACAGCAAGACAAGUGAUGGCUUAUGCGUCCAGCUGGGAAAACCAUGCUUAAAGACACAAGUGCCAGUGCCUUUUGAUUUGUCAUAUAAAACUGUGGACCAGUGGGAGAUAGACCGCAACUCCGUGAAGCUGCUGAAGCGAUUAGGAUCUGGUCAGUUUGGUGAAGUGUGGGAAGGCCUAUGGAAUAAUACCACGCCGGUAGCAGUGAAAACGUUAAAACCAGGUUCAAUGGAUCCGAAUGACUUCCUGAGGGAGGCACAGAUAAUGAAGAACCUAAGACAUCCGAAGCUGAUCCAGCUUUAUGCUGUUUGCACUUUAGAAGACCCAAUUUAUAUUAUUACAGAGUUGAUGAGACAUGGAAGUCUGCAAGAAUAUCUCCAAAAUGAUGCUGGAUCAAAAAUCCAUCUGACUCAGCAGGUAGACAUGGCAGCACAGGUGGCCUCUGGGAUGGCCUACCUGGAGUCCCAAAACUACAUCCAUAGAGAUCUGGCUGCCAGAAAUGUCCUUGUUGGUGAACAUAAUAUCUACAAAGUGGCAGAUUUUGGACUUGCAAGAGUCUUUAAGGUAGAUAAUGAAGACAUCUAUGAAUCUAAACAAGGAAUAAAGCUGCCAGUGAAGUGGACUGCACCUGAGGCCAUUCGUGCUAAUAAAUUCAGCAUUAAGUCCGAUGUAUGGUCAUUUGGAAUCCUUCUUUAUGAAAUCAUUACUUAUGGCAAAAUGCCUUAUAGUGGUAUGACAGGUGCUCAGGUAAUACAAAUGUUGGGUCAAAACUAUAGACUCCCUCAACCAUCUAACUGUCCACUGCAGUUCUACAACAUCAUGUUGCAAUGCUGGAAUGCAGAGCCCAAGGAACGGCCAACAUUUGAGACAUUGCAUUGGAUACUUGAGGACUAUUUUGAAACUGACUUUUCAUAUUCAGAGUCAAAUAAUUUUAUAAGCUGAAGACAGGAGAAGAACAUCAAAUGAUGAAGUAGCAAUAAAGUCCAAUAAUCAGUCUAGAAAUACAACCUUAUUAGCCAACUGUGAAAUGAGUUAAUCAUGACAUAUUCAAGUGAUGGGGUCAGUUUAGCCUUGAGUAUAAAAAAGAUUUUAUCUGUACUUUAUUGACUGGGCAACACUGCAGGACAAUCUAAGAUGAUAUAUCAUUUUCUCACUGCCUAGCAGAAGCAAACACACUAAAAAAACUUAAUUCUCUUUUUAAAAGACACUUGUACAUUUCUAUUUACUGUUUGAAAUAUUGAUCAAGAGGAUCAACAGAUGAUAGUCAAUUUUUACUCACUGUAGCAUUUUCCUGUUUACUGAUUAAAGUGGUGAUUCAUUAUUCCUCACAUUGCUGAAUCCCAUCAGGCUGUUAUUAUGAAGGAAUUUGAUUGCUUUGCUGCACAGCAGGACCUGUGUUUGGUGAUAUUUUUUUUCUCUUUUAAAAUACCAAGUAACUACAAUAAUGGUAAAGCCAUGUUAAAUGACUUGAUUGUACUUGGAGUAAUUGCACACAUUUUUUCUUAUGCAUAAAAAUGAAGCAGCUGUUGGGAAAAAGAAUUAAAAUUUCUCUCAUUUUGUAGAAGGAAAUGAUGGAAUUUUUCUAGACCUUCGUGUGUGUCAUUUGAGAAUCAUCUACAUUACUUUUAAUCUCUUAAUGUUAAGAAUCAUAUUGCGAAGCUGAUGAGUUAUUAUCCAUGGAAAUACAUGCGAAACAUCUACUAGUCAGGAAGGUCUAAGAAAUAA